UGACACGUCGUCAUCAACGGGCAAGUCGUGCCCGUCGCACGUCAACGCGAGUCACGAACCUCGGCGAGGAUAUACCGUAUAGUUCGAGUGCGAGUGCAUGUCGCGCGGACACGUCGCGCUCCGAGCAGUGAGUCGAAACCGCGGUGGAGUGCGCGCCGCGCUUCCUCCGUCGUCCUCGUCGCCGUCGUCGCCGUCGGCCCAUCACGCGGACCUACCGUUGCGUUUCGUAAUUUUGCACGGAGGCGGAACACCGUGGGACAGUCCGCUGCGUCUCGACAACACCUCCGAAAUUGUUAGUGUGAAUGAACGUACACGAUCAUCACUGAAAGGAUAACAUUGGUGAAGCAUCUACGAAGCAAUAACCAUGGAGGACGGCCAUUGUAAAACUGUGGAAGAAGUGAUAAAUUAUUUCAACGUCGAUCCCGACCAGGGACUAAGUCCCGAUCAAGUCAAAAGGAAUCAGGAGAAGUAUGGUCUCAACGAAUUGCCAGCUGAGGAGGGAAAAUCCAUCUGGCAACUCGUCCUGGAACAGUUCGAUGACCUUCUAGUUAAGAUUCUUCUAUUAGCUGCUAUUAUUUCUUUUGUAUUAGCCUUAUUUGAAGAGCACGAGGAUGCAUUCACGGCCUUCGUCGAACCCUUCGUCAUCCUGCUUAUCCUUAUCGCCAAUGCCGUGGUCGGUGUCUGGCAAGAACGAAAUGCCGAGUCUGCGAUCGAGGCGCUCAAGGAAUACGAACCCGAGAUGGGUAAAGUUGUACGAGGAGACAAAUCUGGUGUUCAGAGGAUUCGGGCCAAAGAGAUCGUGCCCGGCGAUAUUGUAGAAAUAUCAGUCGGCGACAAGAUCCCAGCCGAUAUCCGUCUGUCCAAAAUCUUUUCGACUACCCUCAGAAUCGAUCAGUCCAUUCUAACUGGAGAAUCGGUGUCCGUGAUCAAGCACACCGACCCUAUACCCGACCCACGCGCUGUCAAUCAGGAUAAGAAGAACAUUUUGUUCUCUGGUACCAAUGUUGCCGCUGGAAAGGCUCGCGGAAUCGUUAUUGGAACCGGCUUAAACACGGCCAUCGGUAAGAUCCGUACGGAGAUGUCGGAGACCGAGGAAAUCAAGACACCAUUGCAGCAGAAAUUGGACGAGUUUGGCGAGCAAUUGUCAAAAGUUAUCUCCGUAAUUUGUGUCGCUGUAUGGGCCAUCAAUAUUGGCCACUUCAAUGAUCCGGCUCACGGUGGUUCCUGGAUUAAGGGUGCCAUUUAUUACUUCAAAAUUGCUGUCGCUCUCGCCGUAGCUGCUAUUCCUGAAGGCUUACCCGCUGUAAUCACAACUUGCUUGGCUCUGGGUACCAGGCGUAUGGCUAAAAAGAACGCCAUUGUACGAUCUUUGCCAUCCGUAGAGACUUUAGGUUGUACGUCCGUCAUUUGCUCCGAUAAAACUGGCACUCUGACGACUAAUCAGAUGUCCGUUAGCCGAAUGUUCAUCUUCGACAAGAUUGAAGGUAAUGAUAGCAGCUUCCAUGAAUUCGAAAUCACCGGCUCGACUUAUGAACCCAUCGGCGAGAUCUUCUUGAGAGGUCAGAAAAUUAGAGGACAAGAUUAUGAAACAUUGCAAGAGAUCAGUACAGUUUGCAUCAUGUGCAAUGAUUCUGCUAUCGACUUUAACGAAUUCAAACAGGCAUUUGAGAAGGUCGGUGAGGCUACAGAGACUGCUUUGAUCGUUCUCGCUGAGAAAAUCAAUCCGUUUGGUGUUCCGAAAAGCGGUUUGGAUCGCCGAGCUGGCGCUAUUGUCGUCAGGCAGGAUAUGGAAACAAAGUGGAAGAAGGAAUUCACGCUAGAGUUCUCUCGUGAUCGCAAGUCCAUGUCAUCGUACUGCGUGCCUCUGAAAUCAUCGAAACUAGGAACUGGACCGAAGUUAUUUGUCAAGGGUGCGACGGAAGGUGUACUUGACAGAUGCACACAUUGCCGCGUUGGUGGUCAAAAGGUUCCUCUGACUUCGACCCUGAAAAACCGCAUUCUGGAUUUGACCCGCCAAUACGGAACUGGUAGGGAUACCUUGCGCUGCCUUGCUCUCGCCACUGCUGAUCACCCGAUGAAGCCUGACGAUAUGGAUCUGGGCGACUCCACUAAAUUCUACACAUACGAAAAAGAUCUCACAUUCAUUGGUGUAGUAGGAAUGCUCGAUCCACCUCGUAAAGAAGUAUUUGAUUCAAUUGCUAGGUGCCGCGCCGCUGGCAUUCGUGUAAUUGUUAUCACCGGUGAUAACAAGGCCACUGCCGAAGCCAUUUGUCGACGUAUUGGAGUCUUCGGUGAGGAUGAAGACACCACCGGCAAGUCGUAUUCCGGACGUGAAUUUGAUGAUCUGCCGACAUCAGAACAGAAAGCGGCUUGCGCUAGAGCUCGCCUCUUCUCUCGCGUAGAACCGGCUCAUAAGUCAAAGAUCGUGGAAUACUUACAAGGCAUGAAUGAAAUUUCUGCUAUGACUGGUGACGGUGUGAAUGAUGCUCCUGCCUUGAAAAAGGCUGAGAUCGGUAUCGCUAUGGGCUCUGGUACUGCAGUCGCCAAAUCGGCUUCGGAGAUGGUGUUGGCAGACGACAAUUUCUCUUCCAUCGUAGCUGCUGUAGAGGAAGGCCGUGCCAUCUACAAUAACAUGAAACAAUUUAUCCGUUAUCUCAUUUCUUCCAACAUCGGCGAAGUUGUCAGUAUAUUCUUGACCGCCGCCCUUGGUCUUCCCGAAGCACUGAUUCCGGUCCAACUUCUGUGGGUCAACUUGGUCACUGAUGGUCUUCCAGCUACUGCUCUCGGUUUCAAUCCACCUGAUUUGGACAUUAUGAGCAAGCCUCCUCGUAAAGCUGAUGAAUCCCUGAUUUCUGGAUGGUUGUUUUUCCGUUACUUGGCUAUUGGUGGAUAUGUAGGCGCUGCCACCGUUGGUUCAGCUGCUUGGUGGUUCAUGUACAGUCCAAAUGGCCCUCAAAUGAAUUACUAUCAAGUUACUCAUCACUUGGCAUGUAUUGGUGGUGGAAACGAAUUCAAGGGUAUUAAUUGCAAGAUCUUUGCUGAUCCUCAUCCCAUGACUAUGGCUCUCUCUGUAUUGGUCACCAUUGAAAUGUUAAAUGCCAUGAACAGCUUGUCUGAGAAUCAGUCGCUCAUCUCCAUGCCGCCUUGGUCCAACAUGUGGCUCAUUGCAUCCAUGGCUCUUUCUUUCACACUCCAUUUUGUCAUCUUGUAUGUCGAUGUUCUUUCGUCCGUAUUCCAAGUGUGCCCACUAACGGGUGAAGAAUGGGUUACCGUUAUGAAGUUCUCCAUUCCAGUGGUACUUCUCGACGAAACCUUGAAGUUCGUUGCCAGAAAGAUCACAGACGGUGAGAAUCCAAUUUACACCGUGCAUUGGAUCGUUCUAAUGUGGGCUGUGUUCUUUGGACUGUUGCAUAUCUGUCCCAUAUAGAACGUCCGUGAAAUAAUAAUAUUAGUCUAGCAGAUGAUGUUUUUUUCCUAUGGAAAAGCAUCCGCGACUAAAUCCUUGGACUCGCAAUUGCAUUUAACCGAAGCUCUUCCCACCGUGACGCGGGAAGGCGCGAGAUAAGUUAUUAACAGAGUGCGUUCAAGUGAGAUUUUAACAAAUUUGACUGUUGUGCAUGGUGUUAGUACGAUCAUAUAUGAAAUAUGCCACCAAGGCCCACCAUGCCCGCAUCACACACCGUACCCUGACGUCGCUCAACGAUCACGGGUUUCGAGUGGCAUCGAGUGAUCUAAGAGAGACCCCGUCGUAAAUCAAAGAUUGUGAUCGUUAAAUUAUUUUCUACGAGUGCCUUUUGAACAUUGAAUUUCCUCUGCAACAAACACAAAAACUGUUCAUAGAUGUUCUUUCCGAUAUAGAUAUUUCCGAUAUGUUCGACGUCCCAAUCCUCCUUCAUUUUUUUGCACUAUUAUUUAUACUUUUUUUAAUGCACUUUUUUUUAUGCACGUUUCGAUAUGAUUAGCAACAGAUAAAUUAUCUAAUAAUUGUAGCAGAUCCUGAUAAUGCACUAACACAGUUAAAAUUCACAUUAAUUUACGAAUGUCUUCUAUCUGUAUUUCUUGCCGAUUAAUAAUGUUACGACAUAAACUUUUAUAUCUUUGCAUGUUCGAAGCGUAUUAUUGAUCUUUGGUCGAUUUGAAAAGUACAAAGUAGUUCACCCUUUAACCAUAUCGGGGAUAGUAACUUCGGUUUCGACGCAAACAAAUGCAUUUGCGACGUAUCAUUUUUGUAGAAUAAUACGCACGUUUACACAACGAAGACAAUAAAACAUUCGGCAGAAAUACAGAUUGAACGGACAUUAGUAGUAGUAGUGGUAUUAUAUUUGUCUCCUGAUUUUAUUUUCAGGCUCAGUUUAAUGCACGCACGCAACAAAUUAGCACAACAUUCGGUUAACGCGAUUAAUAUAUAAUCUCACUAAAUCUGUUUACAUUUACAUUUCUUUUCUGUUGCUUUCAAUGUUGCUUGUUAUAAAUAUUUAUUAAUGAAUUCUUAGCAUCUGGUGUGCCCGUUUCUACUCUGAAGUCAGAAGUGGAGCUGUCUGAGUGUUUGCUGAAAUUUCAAGGAUAUGCGAGGACUUCGCACUAACGGAUCUCAUUUUGUAUCCUGCAUACCGUGUCUUCCUUCCUAUAGAGAUAAUGCAUGCACGGUAUAAUUAACAGCACGUUUUGUAAGAUCCUUUCUUAUAAUCUAUUCUUUUCAAUUAUACUGACCUCUGCUGUGCCAUGCGAUCAAUCGAUUAAUUUAACUUUGCGCGUCGUUCAUAUUAAGAUAUUCUUAACAUUUAAGUGAAACAGAAAAGUUUAUUUUUACCAGAUGAUGUUUUUGCGAGUUAUUCUCUUACAGAGAUUUUUCGUCUAUAACGAAUGCAAUAAACGUGAAAUAAUAUUUUGUAAAUAUCUAUAUAAUCAAUAUUUUUUUAGAUUAGAGGUAGAUGAUAAAAUGAAACAAAUUGUCACAAAAUUAGCAAGAACCAUCGCGAUUGGCACAGCAGAAUUUCUUCUAAUUUUUCUUUGGUACGCGAACACAACAUCUGUUCCCUAUAUGUGUGUAUAAUCCAUAUGUGUGAUUUAUGCAUUUGAAAGGUUUACGCAAUGCAACAGAUUCGCGUAUCGCUAAUUUCCGGAUAUGGACUGCAAAGGCUCGUAAGUGUAAGAUAAGGCAAUCGUUAAGCAGAGGAAAAACAGUUGACCUCAUUACCUCUCUCGUACGCUCGAAACUGACGGGGCAGUCCAUAGAAUUUCUAGCGCGUUCGUUCAUGUCAAUAUCUGAGCAGUGUUCCGAAUGCAAAUACACUCAUCGUCGGGAUUGAUUAUCCGUUUUUAUCAAUGAUAAUAUCGAAGCUACAAUUAAUUAUAGAAUCAAUUAAACGACGCGUAGAUUUUUUUAAAAAUAAAUUUGUCCUUAAAAAUGAUACUUAGUGAUAGUUAGGCGCAUCUAUUUUUUAUUCCUGGCUCCCGAAAAUCUUUUCAUAUUUAGUUUCUUUUUUAAAUGCAUAUAGAAGAAUCGUAAUUUGCUAUUGAUAUAGUCCUUAAAUAAAUUAUUUAAAAUGUUAAAAAAUAUUUAGGACAUAUGCAUAAACAACCUAAUUUGUUAAAUUAAGUUAUUAAAAUCGACAGAGUUGGUACUUUCAGCAAUGAAGUAACAUGAAAGUUGCAUGCUAAACACAUAGUAAAAGAAAAUUUGACUAGUGGCUUUUUCUUGUAUAAAAUUUCCUUAAGGCUCGGCGAUAAUUCUGCUUCAUUGAAUCAUAAUAAUUUUAUUAAUAAAAAGUUAUUCGUUUCAUGUAAAUUUGAACUUUUCCAUUUUCUCACUUCCAAUGACUCAGAUAUUCGCCGAUUCUUCGAAUUUUUGCAUUGAGAGUAAACUUAGUCCCUAAUUAGUCGAGGAAUUCUCGAUUGAGUGAACGCGAAUUCGGUCACUGCCACAUAACGAAACGAAUAAUCGGUGUCGUCACGAGUACGUGGGCCUUCGAAACAUCUGGCUGCUUAGUCAGUUCAUCCCUUAGACCGUAUCCUGUCGACGUAAGUGACCGCUAAUCAAGGAAGAAAGACUGAAAUUCGAUAAAGCGCUAAUAAAGACAGCUUCUCGAUUCUUUCUUUCCCCGUUUAUUGAACGUAAAACCGUCCCUUACAAAACGAUAUUUCCAGCUUCGCCUGCUACAUUCGAUUAGAAAAGAAAAUAAUCGACAAGAGAGCAAAGAGCACUAUCGUGUCGUAAAUGAUGGAUUUAAGUGGUUCACUUCCAUCGGCAGCGCACGAUCCAGGGUGUCCAUCCAGAUCUUCGCAGAGAUCGCCGUAAUUUCGGCCGUUCGCGAUUCAGCGCGCGAGACGCAGCGCGCGAGACGCUUCUCCGCAAACACGUGCAAACGCAACAAGACUGACGAUGUGUUCCGGAGAGGAGCGGACGCGUCCGCUGCGUUUUCUUUAUUUUUUUUUUUUCUCUUCUUCGGCGCGCGACGCAUAAUAAUUUAAUUGCGCCGCAUCCGGCGAUUCAGGAAUCGAUCGCGGUCGCGCGGCGCGACAUUGUAAUAUAAUUAAUUAAUUAGUUAACGGUUAAGGCGUGAUACUUUGGUAUGGGCAUAAUUAAAACUUAAUCAGACCGAACGAGUUAGCGCUGCCGCACUAACGAACUUGUGUCUCGAGUAGUGUUUUGUUCCGCAGUUUAAUUUUUAGCACGAGAUAAAACUACCGGCUUUGCGUCCUCUGCGAUCGAUACCUAUGCGAUAUUUGUCCUCAAUGUCACUUGAAGGAAAAUCCAUUCGCGUGGAUGAAUUCUACAAUUCGCAGCGGAAUAAAAGUCGAGAAGGAUACGUAAUAUUUAAUUGUCAUCCGUAAAAGAGAUUUGCUCUCACAAUUGUAUAUCUAUAUAAAAAUGUUGACCCUAAUCGGUAUUCGGAUUGGACAUUUUCUUUAACUGCGUUGUGAAAAAUUGUUUUGACAAAUAUUUUUUUCAACCUUACAUAAUUUUGUAUCAUUUUGUUUCUUGGAUUUUGAUCUUCAAUGUGAACAAAAAAAUCGUUCGAUUACGUUAACUUUAAGCAAAGAUACAUAAAGUAGAUACACUGGACCCACGAAUACCAGUUCAAGAAAUUUCGGAGCAAAUAUCGAUUAGGGUUAGACUGCGAUUUUUUAUAUUCUCCGAAUUUCGAGGCUUCCUCCUGUGUAAUACUUGCCAUUAUCAUGUUUACCCACCGUGGCGUAGAACAAUGGAUGAUGUGCUUGUUCGGAUGUUCGGACGCGCAACUAAUUGGCACGUGUUAUCGGAGCACAGGUACGAACGCGGGGAUCAAUGCCGGUGCGAAGAGUCUAAUGCAGUUCUCUAUGACGCUCAAUAAGUUCGACGAAAUUAAUCGGGAAGCACGGAUUACAGGGCUACCCAAGUGACGGAUCUCGAAAGUCGCGCGAAUUUCAAUUUUUUGCAUCUCACACAGCACAAACCUCCAAAGAAUGUCCUAAAGACGGUUUAAAGAUAUCUUUUGAACGUCCUAAGGCGACCCGGGACGUCUCUCGGAUAAAGUAUGCUGUGUAAGAGUAAACUGUUGAAUUUUUAAAGUCCGACAAAUAUGAGAAUAUAUCAACGAAAUGAUACAUUUUUCAUCCUCUUUCAUUUUUGAAAUAUAUGUCAACGGAAUGAUAUAUUCUUGAUCCUCCAAUGAUUGAAUAGAGAUGAUCUAUCAUUAAAUUUAAGAAAAACAGAAUGCUUUCCUUUUCGUUAAUGCAUUAAUAAUUUACAUUAUUAUUCUCGGUACGAUUUUUUUCGGGAUUCGUCAUUUAUUGUUCCCUCACAUCCGGAUUCCUAACUUCGUCCACGAUGUAUCUGUAAGUACUUGGAAGUGUGCAUUGUAUUUUAUGUUGACCGAGAAUGACGGGGUAGUGCCAUCACGACGAAAGUAAUACUGCGCGACGUCACGCAAAUAUCAAUGCUUGAUUAAAAAGUUACAAUCCUAGCUUCAUUAACAUAUACUUCAUAUAACGCUAUUAUAAAAAGAAGAAACGAUUUAUAUUUAUUGUAUUCGCUUCGUAUAUUAUAUUUAUUAAUUAUAAUUUAUUAACUGUCAAAAUGUAUGUGUGCUGAGAGUUAAUCGACGAGAUAGACAUUUCUCGUCGGUAGACAUUUCUAUUGAUCCUUGUGUGACGUUGACAACUAAAACGCGGUGUCCAGCGAUGAUGAGGCUACAAUCGUCGUUUCCUUCAGGAAGUACCUAUUUCUCUAACGAUAACGAAGUUAAUAUUAAUAUUAAUAACUUAUGGAAUACUAUAACAUCGAGUGAUUUCGAGUAUAUACAUUCGCCGCGGACGCGCUCCGCGGCGAAAGAUAGUCGAGAAUAUAAUUCCGGAUGUGAAUUAUAUAUCAGAUUUCGUAGAGACGGAGAAAUAUAAAAAUAUAGAAGGAUUAAAGAGAAAUUGUAUACACGAAUCCGACUGUUGCGCGUGUUACGAUCAAGUCUAUGCAUAUACGAUAAGUACAAUUACGUUAUCAUGUAAUUAUCGCGCCACUCCCUCGUGUGUUGGCGUUCACAAUUUGUUUUAUUUAUCGUCCGAUUUGCCUUUGUCGUGUAUUCAAUUUGAAUUCGUACGGAGCGACAUUAUAACAAGUGAGAGUAUAUGACGACGGAAUGAUAUAUAAUGCAUUACUUGUUAUAAUAAAAGAAUCAUGUGUUACUAAUGCGUUUCUCGAUCCUCCGACGAUUGGCCUACUAAUCGAAAUAAUAAUUCUCGCUUAAACUCGGCGAUUAUUGCCAUUGAAAAAAGAUCGAACACUUAAUACGACGUAAUAAGUGUUCGGUUCAGUUUAUCCCAGUCUAAAACUUUUUACUUUAACUUUUCGACCUUUUUUUUCUCUCUCGUUGUCUAUUAUCCACUCCACUAUAUUUCGAAUGUUUAUUGUAACCACAGCUGGCUUAAGACAUUCAGACGUUGGUGG